UCCUCGUGCACUGAGAGAGCGAAAGGAGCUCACACUAUAUAUGCGGCGCGCGCUCUGCUUUGUCGACGCGACUAGGAAGAACCUUGAUGCUGCUGAACGCGACUAGUAGGAAGUGCCAAGAACCUCACGGCGAUCAUCCGGACCGAGGACCGAGAAUUGCUUCAAAGAAUUACUUGAUACCGUAGUUUUGGAUCGUGACAUUCGUCGACAUGAGGAUGAUGGCUUGUUCUUUGUUCAUCUCGAGCCUUUCUUCUCUGCGCCUAAAAAGACCAGGCAAGCACCAUGCCACCAUUACCAUCCCAUCAUGUCUCAGGCUCAUAUCCCUCGCCCCCGGAACGCGUUCAUUUUUUUCCGUUCUCACUACCUACGCCUGCACAAGGAGGAAGACAAUCAGAACGUUAUCUCCUGCGCUGCAGGCGAAGCAUGGCAUGCUCUGAGUGCCGAAGAGAAGGAGCCGUUUCGUGAGCUUGCCAAGAAGGAGAAGGAGCGUUAUGAGGAGGAUUAUCCAGGGUAUAGUUACUCGCCAGGAAAGGGGAAUGGUGGGGGAUCCGGAGGAGCGAGGAAGAGAAGCGGGAGUACUGGAGAGUCUAGGAGCAGGAGGUCCAUCACAAGGAAGUCGUCAUCUUCCCAGUCACCGACGCCAUCUUUGACGUCAUCAGCCUCGUCACUGUCCACCCCGCCACCCCGUACACCGUCACCAUCGCGCGCGCCCUCUGUCCCACCGUCUGUGCCAUCCUCUCCUGUAGCAGCACCGCGCACCAUCAUGAGAAGGCCCAGCGGGCGUACGCCCGUCAUUCCCUCAUCCGUCGCCAUGUCCUUGCGCGGUUCGCUAUCGAAGCCCAAGCGCGACGUACCAGUGUACAAGUUCCCUCCAAUCGCACCGCUCCCACCCUUAUCGACUUACGAUGCCGCGCACGAUGACUGGACUCCUGGGUAUGAGACAUCGCUCACCAUGCCUCUCAAUUUUGAUUACGACCUGCAAGGGUGCGACAUCGCGACAUCAAUUGACUGGAACUCCCUGGAGUCGCCGUACAUGUUUGGGGAGGAAUUGGAAGUUCGCUCCACGUCGAAAGACUCUGGAGAGAAGGUCGUGGUGUCGGUGUCAUUGAAAGAAAAUGACAUGGACCUUUCCAUGUGAACGUAUAAAUAGGCCCGCUUCUGAUACCGGCCUCUAUAAAUAGCCCCGACUCGAAUUGUAUUACUAUCAUCUAGACUAGACCGACAUGUUUUGUUAAGUGUAUUCACCUAACGCAUCAGAUCCUGAAUCAAUAACGACUAUACAUCAUGGCCUG